UUUUCCUGUUCUGGCAGCGUCUUGUGCAGGGUACAGUGUGGCCACCUAUGUCCUCGGUAUCUGUGACCGACACAAUGACAACAUCAUGCUGAAGACUUCCGGACAUAUGUUUCACAUAGAUUUCGGCAAGUUCCUUGGUGACGCUCAGAUGUUUGGCAACUUUAAGAGGGACCGUACACCUUUUGUGCUGACAUCAGAUAUGGCGUACGUGAUCAACGGUGGUGAUAAGCCCUCGGCCAAGUUCCAUCACUUUGUGGACCUCUGCUGCCAGGCGUUUAACGUCGUCCGCAAGCACGGCAACCUGCUUCUCAACCUCUUUGGCUUGAUGGCAUCGUCAGGUAUCUCUGGCGUGACAAUGGACGCGGUGCGCUACAUCCAGCGCUCGUUACUGCUGGAACUGACCAAUGCUGAAGCAGCCGCCAUGUUCGCUCGCAUGAUCCAAAGUUCCCUCAAGUCAUGGUUCACACAGUUCAACUUCUUCCUCCACAACCUUGCGCAGCUGCGCUUCACCGGUGACCACAACGAUGGAGAACUACUCAGUUUCGUCCCUCGUACCUACUCAAUGGCUCAGGAAGGAAGAUUGCAGAGUGUGGAGGUGUACGGGUACCAGAAACGGUACGACCCAGGCAAGUACUAUGUGUACAUCCUGAGAGUGCAGAGAGUGAGCCAGACCGACCCUAGCUACCUGUUCCGCUCGUACAAGGAGUUUGUGGAGUUUCAGCAGAAGCUGUGUAUUCACUUUCCACUCGCAAAGUGUUACAGCCUGCAGAGCACGUCACUACAUGUAGGUCGAUCCAACAUCAAGCAGGUGGCGGAGAAACGUCGGGUAGACAUCAAGCGGUUCCUUACGUCACUGUUCAAGAUGGCGGAUGAGAUCUGUCAUAGUGACCUUGUAUACACCUUCUUCCACCCCUUGCUGCGGGACCAGCAGGAGGCCAGUAUCCACGAGGCCAAACUCAAGGAACGCAAGAAGGAGCGGGCAAUAAACAGUGAGUCAUGGAGAUUACGAGGAGAACUGAGGCUGUCUGUACACUACCAGCGAGGCAUCCUAAUGGUGAUGGUUCACCAUGCACGGGAACUGCCGGCGGUGCCGAACGGACAAGAGCCUUCCACGUACGUCAAGGUGUACCUGCUGCCUGACCCCCACAAGCAGACUAAGCGGAAGACCAAGGUGGUGCGACGCAGCUGUCAUCCCUCCUUCAUGGAGAUGCUGGAGUACCGGAUGCCACUGGAAAUAGUCCAGCACAGGAUUCUUCAAGCGACGGUUUGGAACCACGACCCUCUCCAGGAGAAUGAGUUCUUAGGUGGCAUUUCCCUGCCCCUGGAGUCACUGGACCUCAGCCAGGAGACGUUGCAGUGGUACUCCUUGGGCAAUGUACACAGGUAGUCCAGACGACAGUCGUGUGUGGUACAUUUGGCUUACACAGAACAUUAUGCAACUGUUUGGGCAAUGAUUUUGCUAACUUGUGCAUUUGACGAAAUAAGUAAUGAUUCAAUAACAUAAAGUAAGCUUGAAUUUACUGAUAAGUCUUAUAUAAGACUUAAGUUGUAUGAAUUAACAAAAUCCUGAGUUACACCAAAUAUUCUUUAAAAGCCCGAGAAUCCAGCAUGUUGGUGUGGCUCAGUCUACAGAAGUAUCUCACCACAAUAACCAUUCACCGAUCUUUAACAUGAAAACAAGUUUGUAAGUGCAAGUUUGAAUCAUGUGCAACCGUUGUGUUGGGUAUUCUUAUUGAGCAGCCAGAUAACUGUUUUGACAUAGGUAAGUUUCCGCACAAAUUUUAAUUUUAUUUAUAUUUAUCGCACAUAUUCAAAUAUUACAAUAAAUUAUUGCUUAACAAAGUAAUGGACUCGCUUGUGUUAUCUAGUAAAGAUGCUUGUAUAUAGUGGAUAAAUGACCUGGUACUGUAUAGGAUCAAACCAUUUUAUUCCUUUUUUAUAUUAAUACCAGUUUUUUGAAUAUAAUUUUAGAUGUAUUGUCAGAAGUUAAAAUGCAUUCUAAUAUAUUUGGUUGAAAAUUA